AGAAGAGCGGCUUCUCGGGCACGUAGGAUCGCAGAUGGUUGUGCCGGUGGCGUCGCCGGAUCGUCCGUUUGUUGCGUGUGCCUAUAGCGCUGGGUGCGUGAAGCCUGCGUGCAAAUCGUCGGCUCCGCUAGCUCCAGUUUACCAGAACUUUCUCUGGGGACUUUCUCUCAGCGGAUAACCAAACGUGUGUCGGAAUAAAACAGUGGUUGUCUGUCUACGAUUCAGCUGUACAAGCUAAAGGUCAUGGCAUACGCUCCGGCCCCGAACCCGACCGUGGUGGUGGUGCCCCAGCAGUCACUCACUGCCACGCCGAUGCAGAUGCGCUGCCCGCACUGCGGCCACGAGAUCAUGACGCACACAAAGAAGACGGUUGGCCUGUGCACCUACAUUAUGGUUGGCGUGUGCUGCUUCUUUUGCUUACCCUGCUUCUGGGUGCCGUUCGUGGUGGACGCCUGGAAGGACACCACGCACAGCUGCCCCAACUGUCACAUCACGCUGGGAGAACGACGGAUGGUGUGAAAAGCAACGGGCCGCGGCCAACGCCACAAACAGGAAAUGGCGCCGACACUCGCGCCGCUUUUGUUGCACCACUUGGACGAUGACCGACCACCACGAGCAACGGAAGCGGCACCGACGACAGCGUCUCGGCCCGCCAACCUCGCGCGAGUUCGUCUCGUUCACGUGCGAGCGGCCCAUAUAGUGGACUCUUCGCGUUUAAGUGCGAAUGCUUGUUCGCGCUGCCGUAUUCAUCCGUCUUUAUCUUCACUCGCACCCAUACCAAUACAUCGAGACAAGUAUUAAUUCGAGUAGCAGGCCUGCCUUGUUGCUAUCCUAAGUAGCGCUAUAAAAAUGAGGAUGGACGUAA